GGCCUCAGGGGAGGUACCACACCGGAGGGGCCCCCAGGCAAGUACCCCACAUGCAGGGUGCUGCCCUCACUCCCUGCUGUCCCCAGGCAGCGGGGGGCAUCACGGUGGGGCUGGGGGUGACGGAGACGCUGGUGAAGGAGUGCCAGGAGGAGGCCUGCAUCCCCCCCAGCCUGGCAGCCCAGGCACAGCCGGUGGGCACCAUCAGCUACACUUAUGAGGACCAGCGGGGCAUCUUCCCCGAGUGCCAGUUUGUUUUUGACCUGGAGCUGCCCGAGGAGUUCGAGCCCCGCGUGGGUGACGGGGAGAUGCAGGAGUUUUACCUGCUGGACCUGGAUGAGGUGAAGGAUGCCAUCAUAUCAGGUGACUUCAAACCCAACUGUGCGCUGGUCGCCCUGGAUUUCCUCAUCCGACACGGACACAUCCAGCCGGAUCACGAGCCCCACUACACUGAGCUGGUCGAGGGGCUACACCAGAGCCAGUAAGAAGUUGCCGCUCGUUGUGACAACGGUGCCGGGACACAGGGCCCAACCCCUCUGCACCUGCCUGAAUAAAUCCUGCCAACCCUCA